CCGGGGCGGGAGGCGGCGCGCCCGUGGCCCCAGCCCGUCGAGGUGGCGGCGGCGGCGGCGGAGGCGAUGGAGUGGAACUCGCUGCUGAUGCUGCUCGAGGCCGCCGAGUACCUGGAGCGGCGGGAGAGGGAGGCCGAGCACGGCUACGCCUCCGCGCUGCCCUUCGAGCGGGCCUGUGCCCGGAGGAGGAGCGCCGCCAGGAAGGCCCCCGGCAGCCGAUCCUCACAUAAUGAAUUAGAAAAACAUAGGAGAGCGAAGCUCCGGCUCUACUUGGAGGAGUUGAAGCAGCUGGUCCCUUUAGGAGCUGAGAGCACCAGGCACACCACCCUCAGCCUGCUGAAAAGAGCCAAGAUGCAUAUUAAGAAAUUGGAGGAGCAGGACCGGAAAGCUCUGAACAUCAAAGAACAGCUGCAGCGAGAACACCGGUACCUCAAGCGCCGGCUGGAGCAGCUCUCCGUGCAGGGCCUGGAACGGGUGCGCACAGACAGCCUCGGGUCCACCAUAUCCACGGAUUCGGAGCAAGAGGUGGACAUUGAAGGCCUGGAGUUCACCCCGGCCGAAACGGACAGCAGCGGAAGCGCCAGCGAGGCAGAGGACAGCUUGCGAGGCAGCUCGAGCGACAGCGGCUACGCCCGGCCCCACAGACGCAGCAGCACCGCCCGGCUCCUGUAGCCUCGGCCGCCCGGAUCCCCUCCUGGGAGCCUCCCCUCUGGGGCCGCCAACCCGCCCCCCCCCCUCAGAAAGCGGCCCUGGGCAAGAGGCCUCUGCCCUACCCCCACCCCCACCCCCCUCCGGGGCUCCCUGGGCUGUGGAUAAACACCGCGGUAGGAAUCAUGGCUUUGGGGCUCCCCCCCCCCCCGCAGAUUAGAUGGCGCCUGGGGUUAAAGAUUCUUCUUGGAUUGGGUUGGAUUGGGGGGAGGGGCUUUCCUGACCCCCCCCAGGAGUCCAGAAGUUCCGCUGUGAAUAAAUGACUUGGACCCAUUUUGACGGGUUGUCCCAGGUGUUGAAAGGCGGGGGGUCUCAGCCAGGAGCCGCUCAGAAAGCCGCGUAACGGUGUUUAAAAGGUGGUCCUGGGCACCUCCAGGCUUCCAUCUCGGCCGGGGUCCUUCACCCCAACUGCCAAAAGCCCCCCCCGUGUGUGUGUGUGUGUCU